AUCGCGUCCGCGCCACCCUCCUGGCAGCAGUCGCACUGAGGCCGGUUCAAGCUUGCAGAAUGCUAAGUGCUGUUCCCUUUCGUUGAAAAACAGACAAACACACACACACAUCCCAAUAAAGGACCUAUCCAGACUGUUUAGCGUCCCGGUUCAUGAACUUCAGCCCUGUCCUGAUAUAAAACCGCUCGCAGCAAGCCGUUUGCACCGACGCUGUAGAAGGGAAGACGCAGCCCUUUACACACCGGCCUGUUCUGGAAUGGCAGGGGGAAGGAGAGGGCCGAACAGAACAUCCUACUGCCGCCCCCCUCUGAAUGAGACCGGCUCCGUCGGCAACAGCAACCACUCCACCAGCGCCCCCGUCACAGGAGUGCGGUCCCGGACGAGGAGUGGCUCAGGUACAGGGAUCUCCAGCCCUCCGCUGGCGACUCAGACUGUGAUCCCCCUGAAACACUGCAAGAUCCCGGAGCUGCCCAUCGACAAGAGCGUGCUGUUCGAGCUGCACCUCUUCUUCUGCCACCUACUGGCUCUGUUCGUCCAUUACAUCAACAUCUACAGAACUGUGUGGUGGUACCCUCCCUCACACCCGCCCUCACACACCUCUCUGAACUUUUACCUCAUUGACUACAAUUUGUUAAUCUUCACCGUCGUUGUGCUGGCGCGGAGACUGAUCGCAGCCAUUGUGAAAGAGGCUUCCCAGAGUACAAAGAUCUCUUUCCCACAGUCUGUUUUCCUCGUGACGACACGGUUUGCAGUUCUGACUGGCACCGGGUGGAGUUUGUGCCGGUCCUUGAUUUAUCUCUUUAGGACCUACUCUGCCCUAAACCUGUUAUUUCUGUGUUACCCGUUCGGGAUGUACAUCCCUUUGUUCCGCUUGAGCUGUGACUUCCAGAGAUCCAGCCCCCUGUCCCCGGUCACCAGCUUCGGGCCCAAAGAACCCGGGCUGGUGAAUGGCAGGAGUAAGGACUACCUGACAGUGCUGAAGGAGACGUGGAAGCAGCACGCCAACCAGCUGAAUGGGGCGGAGGCCAUGCCCUCCCACGCCUGCUGCCUGUCCCCAGACCUCAUCCGCAAAGAGGUGGAGUACCUCAAGAUGGACUUCAACUGGAGGAUGAAGGAGGUGCUGGUCAGCGCCAUGCUCAGUGCCUACUACGUGGCCUUUGUUCCUGUCUGGUUUAUAAAGAGCACACAGUACUAUGAUAAGCGAUGGUCAUGUGAACUGUUCGUCCUGGUCUCCGUCAGCACCUCGGUCAUACUGAUGAGGCACCUGCUCCCUCCUCGAUACUGUGACCUGCUGCACAAGGCGGCAGCACACCUGGGCUGCUGGCAGAAAGUGGACCCGGCUCUGUGCUCCAACGUCCUGCAGCACCCAUGGACAGAAGAAUACAUGUGGCCACAAGGGGUGCUGGUGAAACACAACAAGAAUGUGUACAAGGCAAUGGGUCACUACAAUGUGGCCGUUCCAUCAGAUGUUUCUCACUAUCGGUUUUAUUUUUUCUUCAACAAACCUUUGCGAAUACUGAAUAUCCUCAUCAUUCUGGAAGGAGCGAUGAUAUUCUACCAGCUGUAUUCUUUAAUAUGUUCAGAAAAGUGGCACCAAAUGAUCUCGUUGGCUUUAAUACUGUUCAGCAAUUACUACGCUUUGUUUAAGCUUCUCCGGGACCGGAUUGUCUUGGGGCAAGCGUACGCCUAUUCCACGAGCCGCGCAGACCACAGAUUAACCUAAACUGGCGGGUGUGAUGAUGGAGCCGCUUUAAAAGAAGGCAGAGCUUUGUAUUUUUGUUACAAAUGCUUUUUUUUUUUCUUGUCACUUGCCAUAAUUAAAAACAAAUCAUAUUUUUGUAUUCCCUGAAAGAUGUA